GGGGUCGGGGGAGGCCGCGCGGCUUGAGCCCUCGUGGGCACCGGGAGCGGCCGGCCCUGAGCGCAGCUGUUGGCGGCAGCGGGAGCGCGCCUGGGAAGCCCCCAGCCCCUCGAGCGCUCGUUCGGCCGGCGGGAGGGCGAUGCCCCCCGAGACCUCCGGAUAGGCGGCGGCGGCUGAGCGCUCGCGCCCGGGACGGGCGGCCGGAGCGCAGGGGCGUCGCCGGAGGAGCUCCCAGCGAAGUUUGUCUCCCCAGGUGUGGGGGUUCCGGGGGACAGCGAGCCGCGCGGACCUCUCGGCGUGCGCCACGGGCCGGUGGGGAUGGACGGCCCGGAGGAGACUUCGCCUGGCCGCGUCUGUGCUUGUCCGCAGGCCUGAGGUCCCCGGAGGAUGACCUAGCACCGAGGAGCCCCGGCCGGCCUCCCGAGGGCCCCGUGGACUAGCUGACCCCGCCGGGCCGCUCCCAGGCCCCGAGACCGGGCGGCACCCGAACUGAGCCGCUCUCCCGGACGCCCGGCGCCCGCGGGCGCAGCAGGCCCUGCACCGGGCUCGCAGCCCGAACUGACGUUUAGGACAAUCGUUUCCUUUGGAAGAAGAGUUUUUUUUUUCCCUUUUGGGGUUUUCGUUGCCUUUUUUUUCUUUCUUUUUAAAAUUUUGGAGAAGGGAAGUCGGGACACGAGAAGAAUCGCUCGCCCCCAGUGGGGUUCGGGCUCGCCGGCAGGACGCCAGGGCGCUGGGUCCAGGAUGGAUGUGGUGGACCCGCAGCAGCUGGGCGUGUUCACGGAGGGCGAGUUGAUGUCGGUGGGCAUGGACACGUUCAUCCACCGCAUCGACUCCACGGAGGUCAUCUACCAGCCCCGCCGCAAGCGGGCCAAGCUCAUCGGCAAGUACCUGAUGGGGGACCUGCUAGGGGAGGGCUCCUACGGCAAGGUGAAGGAAGUGCUGGACUCAGAGACACUGUGCCGGAGAGCGGUGAAGAUUCUCAAGAAGAAGAAGUUGCGAAGAAUCCCCAAUGGGGAGGCCAACGUGAAGAAGGAGAUUCAGCUCUUGAGGAGGUUACGGCACAAAAAUGUUAUCCAGCUGGUGGACGUGCUGUACAAUGAGGAGAAGCAGAAGAUGUAUAUGGUGAUGGAGUACUGCGUGUGCGGCAUGCAGGAGAUGCUGGACAGCGUGCCUGAGAAGCGGUUCCCGGUGUGCCAGGCGCACGGGUACUUCUGCCAGCUCAUCGAUGGUCUGGAGUACCUGCACAGCCAGGGCAUCGUGCACAAGGACAUCAAGCCAGGCAACCUGCUGCUCACCACAGGCGGCACACUCAAGAUCUCUGACCUGGGCGUCGCUGAGGCUCUGCACCCAUUCGCCGUGGACGACACCUGCCGGACCAGCCAGGGCUCCCCAGCAUUCCAGCCGCCCGAGAUUGCCAAUGGCCUGGACACCUUCUCCGGCUUCAAGGUGGACAUCUGGUCAGCGGGUGUCACACUCUACAACAUCACGACUGGCCUGUACCCGUUUGAAGGCGACAACAUCUACAAGCUGUUUGAGAACAUUGGGAAGGGGAGCUACGCCAUCCCAGGCGACUGUGGUCCCCCACUGUCUGACCUGCUGAAAGGGAUGCUGGAGUAUGAGCCUGCAAAGAGGUUCUCCAUACGGCAGAUCCGCCAGCACAGCUGGUUCCGGAAGAAACACCCGCCAGCUGAAGCACCAGUGCCCAUCCCACCCAGCCCAGACACCAAGGACCGGUGGCGCAGUAUGACAGUGGUGCCGUACCUUGAAGACCUGCACGGCGGGGAUGAGGAUGAGGACGAGGACCUCUUUGACAUCGAGGAUGACAUCAUCUACACUCAGGACUUCACAGUGCCCGGACAGGUCCCAGAAGAGGAGGCUGGUCAGAAUGGACAGAGCCGGGGCCUGCCCAAGGCCGUGUGCAUGAAUGGCACAGAGUCGGCACAGCUGAGCACCAAACCCAAGGCUGAGUGCCGGGCCGGGGCCUCCAACCCCACCCGGAAGGCCUGCUCCGCCAGCAGCAAGAUCCGCCGGCUCUCAGCCUGCAAGCAGCAGUGAGGGUGGCCACCUGCAGCCUGUCUCCAGGAGCCCCCACCGGUGCCUGGGCUGGUGCCUCAGUCUUCCUGCCGACUCUGGCCGCUGCCCGCCUGAGAAGGUUGCCAUGCCUCUGUGCCGACGGCUCCUCAGGACCAGGGCCUCCCGGAGGGCCAGGUGGGGGGCAGGACGGACCUGGCCGGCCCUCCCUUCGGCUGUCUGCACACAGCACUGCUGGACGGCCGUGGACAGUGGACUUUGCAAUCCUGUGCAGAGCCUCCCGGGCUGGUAGGGAGAGGCCCGGCCUUCGAGAAGCACUUUAUGUUUAGACUACUGGCCCUCCGCCACCCCUCCCUGGUCUGUCUCACUGCUACGCUAGGGCGCCACGCCUAGUGACCACAGCCACAGAGAAGCUGGUGUGGGGCCUCCUGUCACCACCAUGCAUGCAGAACCGCCCAGAGGGAGCCAAGUGGCUGCCUUGUUUUUGUUGUUUGGUUGGUUCCAUUUUUUUUUUUUUUUUUUAAGAAAAAAUAAAACAGGUGGAUUUGAGCUGUGGUUGUGAGGGGUGUUUGGGAAUUGUUGGGUGGCACGAGGGGCAGUCAGGUGGGGGACGAGGGUCCCCCACGCACCCGCCGGCCUGGGGUCUCCAGUGGAUGGUGUGCGGGUCCAGCUGGUGCACGGUGGGCCAGAGUCGGCAGCCACAGCUUGGUCUCUGGCCUCCCCCUGGGGCCUCGUGGCCAGACCCCAGGCCCUUUCUCCCCCAAGGCUAGAGGCUCUUGGGUCCCCAGAGAAAACCCAGAGCGAGAGUAUGCAGUAAAUAUUUAUAAUCAACCAGAAAACAAAAACAACGAGAAACUCCAUCACCAGAUGGUACAGACUGGGCACGAAGCGUCAAGGGCGGGACGGGCGACGCAGGCGAGGGCUCACCCCUUUUUUGGCAAUAAAUAAAGCUUGGGAAACUUGA